CAAAUAGUUUUUGAGAAAUAUGGCAAAAUUGCUCAAAUGUACAACACAUUUGCUGUUUAGCUCUACCUUUUACGUCUGUCUUGGUAGUUUUGGUCUUUUCCAUUGGCUUGCUCUUUCGCUGAGCACUUCAACCUGAAUUGAGACCUAAAAAUGGCAAUCCGCCCUGCAUCAAGGCCGAAGAUCGUUAAAAAGAGGACGAAGCAGUUUAUUCGUCAUCAGAGCGAUCGCUAUGACAAGCUCAAGAGGAACUGGCGUAGACCAAAGGGUAUUGACAACAGAGUCCGCAGGAAGUUUAAGGGACAGUACCUUAUGCCAAAAGUUGGUUAUGGUUCUGCUAAAAACACGAAGCACAUGCUUCCCAAUGGCUUCAGGAAAGUUGUUGUGAACAACGUCAAGGAGUUGGAAAUCCUUAUGAUGCAGAACCGCAAGUAUUGCGCAGAGAUUGCACAUGCCGUCUCUUCCAAGAAGCGCAAGAUCAUCGUCGAAAGAGCCAAGCAGUUGGCCAUCAAGAUCACCAACCCCAACGCCCGCCUCCGCUCAGAGGAGAACGAAUAAGAAUACAAAAUUAUGCGUGUGUGAAAUGGUUUGUGAUAUGUAUUGCCGUUACAAAUACAAUCCAAAGCAUUUCCCCCCUUAAA